AUGGAUGAGGAAUUUAUUAAAGUGAUGCUUUCCAUUGAAGAAGCCUAUCAAAAUCUUAAUAAGCAUUAGAAAAUCAGAGUUGAAGCUUGGACCAAGAAAUUAUGCUAGGUGACUACCAACGAAGUUUGGAAAAAGAAUCGAAAUCUAUAUGCUCGCAUCCUAUUAAAUCAAGUGUCAAAGGGAGCACUCUCAGAACCUUUUGAUAAAAGACCUCCUGAAGGUCCCUUACCUAAAUUAAAUAGAUAUCUGGUUUUGAGUGAUUAGAAGGAGAAUGCUCGUCCUCCAACUUCUAAAAAAGAUAGUCUCUGCUUCGAACAACAACAACCACAGUAGCAAUCAACUGAGGUUCCAAACCUACAAGAGAAAAUGCUGAAAUUACUCAUUGAUUGCAGGCAAUAUUUGGAGAAAAGGACUGAUCAUGAAGCAAUUUUAUUAAAGGAAUAACAAGAUUAAUUUUUUUAAUAUCUUCAAGAGCUUAACCAACCAUAUAUCCUUGAAUAAAUAGAUGAGAAAACAGAGGAGAGUGAAGAUCAACAGAAGGACACGAUGCAAUUUUUAUAAUAUUUAGAUAAUUUUGAGAAGAAAACAGAGAAGUUGAGGGUGGAAACAGAAAAAUUACUUCGCGGAAACAAUAUUUAAUAUAAUGUUUGAUUUUAUUUUAAUUAUUUGGAUAUAUCACCUACUUUAUUUAGUA